AUGCCUUUGGGACAUAUCAUGAGAUUAGAUCUAGAGAAAAUAGCCCUGGACUACAUUGUGCCCUGUUUGCACAACAUCGGCUUCUGCUACCUGGACAAUUUUUUGGGGGAGUUAGUAGGGGACUGUGUCCUGGAACGUGUGAAGCAGAUGUAUUAUGAUGGAGAACUUCAGGACGGUCAACUGGCUGGCCAGAGCAAUGGGAUCUCCAAAAGGCACUUGAGGGGAGACCAAAUAAAGUGGAUCGCAGGCACCGAGGAAGGAUGUGAGGCCAUCAACUUUCUCUUGUCGCUGACAGACAGGCUGGUGAUGUACUGUGGCAGUAGACUGGGCAAGUAUUAUGUGAAAGAAAGGUCCAAGGCUAUGGUCGCUUGCUACCCUGGGAAUGGAACUGGCUAUGUGCGUCAUGUAGACAACCCCAAUGGAGAUGGACGCUGUAUCACAUGCAUUUACUACCUGAAUAAGAAUUGGGAUUCAAAGCUUCAUGGUGGGAUUCUCCGAAUAUUCCCAGAGGGGAAGUCCUACGUAGCAGAUGUUGAACCUAUCUUUGAUAGAUUACUUUUCUUCUGGUCGGAUCGAAGGAACCCACAUGAAGUGCAGCCUGCCUAUGCAACAAGAUAUGCCAUGACUGUAUGGUAUUUUGAUGCUGAAGAAAGAGCAGAAGCCAAAAAGAAAUUCAGGAAUUUAGUUGAUGCCGGGAAGACAGAAGCAGUUCUCAGUGAAGACUGAGCAGUGAUUUCCCAGCGCAGUUCUUUUGUAGUGAUAUUUUUGGGACUCUUUGCAAGCAAUAAGAUCCAAAGACGAUAUAGUCUGUUUCUGGUGAUUACUGGACACUGUUUUUACCUGCAGAUAUGCACUAUUUUGGGCACUGUUUAAUGUUUGCAUAUUAUACUGAUGGUACUCAUGGCAGCUUCCUAUCAUACCCAUCGGGCAUAAAAGCACGCCUGUUUUCUACUUGCCUUGCACAGAAGAAUGCCACCAGGUUUUUUUUAGAAAGUGAAGAAGAUCACCAAGCCCUCCUGCUAACGUUGACCAACUAGCCUUUAGCCUUACUGGUGUUAAAAGAUACUAAACAUUCAAAAUAGUUGGGGAAACCUGACUCCUAUUUGCACUUUAUUUAAAUAUUCUGGUUCAAUGGGAAGGAGCUUUAUAAAAGAACCUCAGUGGCAGACUGCAGAUGGCAGUCAGGAAUGAUAAAUAUAGAACUGCGUGUUUGCCAAGCACCAAUUUUGUUAUUCUCAACGUGGGGCCUUUGAUGGGUUGCCUGGUCACUUUGCUAUCCAGACUAUUCGCUUGACUGUCUUGUAUCAUUAAUUUCUAAAAAGGAUAAGCCUCCCACUUGCCAUAAAACUGCCUGGAUUUGAUCCACAUGCUGAAGUUGGGCAGAAGCAGCGGUUCCGUUGCUUGGCCUUUCAGAGCCCCAGGAUGGGCAGAGGCAGUCAUGCAGCUG